AUGGAUCUUUUAAGAGUGGAGGUGGGGAGAAGAGAUUCAGAGUGCAUUCCAAAGGAAGCUCUGCAAAGGAUCAUUUCAACUCUGGCAAAUAAAAAUGAUGAAAUUCAGAAUUUUAUUGAUACACUAAACCAAACACUGAAAGGAGUUCAGGAAAAUUCUUCUAACAUACUUUCAGAAUUAGAUGAAGAAUUUGACAGUUUAUACUCCAUAUUGGAUGAGGUAAAGGAAAGUAUGAUUAAUAGUAUCAAGCAGGAACAAGCACGUAAAUCACAAGAGUUACAGAGUCAACUUAGUCAAUGUAAUAAUGCCCUGGAGAACUCGGAAGAACUACUGGAAUUUGCAACAAGAUCAUUAGAUAUAAAGGAACCUGAAGAAUUUUCAAAGGCUGCCAGACAGAUCAAGGAUAGAGUAACAAUGGCUUCAGCCUUUCGCCUUUCUUUGAAACCAAAGGUCAGUGACAACAUGACUCAUUUAAUGGUGGAUUUUUCUCAGGAAAGACAGAUAUUGCAAACUUUGAAGUUUUUGCCAGUCCCGAAAGCUCCAGAGAUAGAUCCAGUAGAAUGUUUGGUGGCCGACAACUCUGUGACAGUAGCUUGGAGAAUGCCAGAAGAAGAUAAUAAGAUUGAUCAUUUUAUAAUGGAAUAUAGGAAAACGAAUUUUGAUGGACUUCCACGUGUAAAGGAUGAGCGAUGCUGGGAGAUAGUUGAUAAUAUUAAGGGUACUGAAUAUACACUAUCAGGUUUAAAAUUUGAUUCAAAGUACAUGAAUUUUAGAGUGCGAGCAUGUAACAAGGCUGUGGCUGGAGAGUUUUCUGAUCCAGUGACUCUGGAGACCAAAGCACUUAAUUUCAAUUUGGAUAACUCAUCCUCCCAUUUGAACCUGAAAGUUGAAGAUACCUGUGUAGAGUGGGAUCCUACUGGAGGAAAAGGUCAAGACAGUAAAAUUAAAGGAAAAGAGAACAAGGGCAGAAGUGGUACCCCAUCCCCUAAACGGACAUCUGUAGGCUCCAGGCCACCAGCAGUAAGAGGCAGCAGAGAUCGUUUUACGGGGGAAUCGUACACAGUGUUGGGAGACACCGCUAUUGAAAGUGGACAACACUAUUGGGAGGUCAAGGCCCAGAAGGAUUGUAAAUCCUACAGUGUGGGAGUAGCAUACAAGACUUUGGGGAAAUUUGACCAAUUAGGAAAGACAAACACUAGUUGGUGUAUCCAUGUGAACAACUGGCUACAGAACACAUUUGCAGCAAAGCAUAAUAAUAAAGUCAAAGCCUUGGAUGUUGCUGUUCCUGAAAGAAUAGGUGUAUUUUGUGAUUUUGAUGGGGGUCAACUUUCUUUCUAUGAUGCAAACUCAAAACAGUUGUUGUAUUCCUUUAAGGCAAAAUUUACUCAGCCAGUACUACCUGGUUUCAUGGUUUGGUGUGGCGGACUUUCUUUGAGUACUGGGAUGCAGGUUCCAAGUGCUGUGAGGACACUUCAGAAAAAUGAAAAUGGAAUGACUGGCUCCACUAGCAGCUUAAACAAUAUUGCUCAGUAA